UUCGCUGAUUUAGGACCCAAGAAGAGGAAAGGUUAAAAAUGUGGAUCUUAUCUUCAGAUCAAAACUACUGUUCUUUGAUGUCCCUGGUAGAUUUGGGAAAGAAGCUGUUAGAAGCGGCACGUGCAGGUCAAGACGAUGAAGUUCGUAUUUUGAUGGCAAAUGGAGCUCCUUUCACUACAGACUGGCUGGGAACCUCUCCACUGCACCUGGCAGCGCAGUAUGGUCACUACUCCACCACAGAGGUGCUGCUCCGGGCCGGCGUGAGCAGGGAUGCCAGGACCAAGGUGGACCGGACGCCGCUGCACAUGGCGGCCUCCGAGGGCCACGCCAGCAUCGUAGAGGUCCUGCUUAAGCACGGCGCCGACGUCAACGCAAAGGACAUGUUGAAGAUGACAGCGCUGCACUGGGCCACGGAGCACAACCAUCAGGAAGUGGUGGAGCUUUUAAUCAAAUACGGUGCUGACGUACACACACAGAGCAAGUUCUGUAAAACUGCUUUCGACAUUUCAAUAGACAAUGGAAAUGAAGAUUUAGCAGAGAUACUACAGAUUGCUAUGCAGAAUCAAAUUAACACCAACCCAGAGAGCCCCGACACUGUGACGAUACACGCCGCGACCCCGCAGUUCAUCAUCGGACCUGGAGGGGUGGUGAACCUAACAGGUCUGGUAUCUUCAGAAAAUUCAUCCAAGGCAACAGAUGAAACGGGUGUGUCUGCUGUCCAGUUUGGAAACUCCUCUACGUCAGUAUUAGCUACAUUAGCUGCCUUAGCUGAAGCUUCUGCUCCAUUGUCCAAUUCUUCAGAAACUCCAGUGGCCACGGAGGAGGUGGUUACGGCAGAGUCCGUGGAUGGUGCAAUUCAGCAAGUAGUCAGCUCAGGGGGUCAGCAGGUCAUCACCAUAGUUACAGAUGGGAUCCAGCUCGGAAACUUGCACUCUAUUCCCACCAGUGGGAUAGGUCAGCCCAUCAUUGUGACCAUGCCAGACGGACAGCAAGUGUUAACAGUGCCCGCGACAGACAUCGCUGAAGAAACUGUUAUAAGUGAAGAGCCACCAGCUAAGAGACAAUGUAUUGAAAUAAUUGAAAACCGGGUGGAAUCUGCAGAAAUAGAAGAGAGAGAAGCUCUUCAGAAACAGCUGGAUGAAGCAAAUCGAGAAGCACAGAAAUACCGGCAGCAGCUUCUUAAGAAGGAGCAGGAAGCAGAGGCCUACAGACAGAAGCUAGAGGCUAUGACCCGUCUUCAGACUAACAAAGAAGCCGUCUGAUGAAACAGACACGAGUUUGAUUUCCCUCUUGGUCAAGACAGAACGCAGUCUCAAACUGUACGCAACACGGGUGCAGCCGUGGGAGUGCAGGAGAGGAGGCUGCCCAGUGACAACUGGACCGAAGCUAGGAGCUUGGAAUUCUUGUAACAUAAAACUUUAGAAGUUGUGAGAUGUAUUUAAAGCUGAAUUCUGUAAAUAGUUUGUUUUUUUACAGUUCCAAAUGAGUUCAUAAAGAUUGUUGAUGAGAUCCGAAACCACAAUAAGCUGCUGCUAUUGUGAAUCCUUUUUGGUUUUAGUAUGAACAUCAGCUUCUCAGAAACAGAACAGUUGUAAGGGUGACUGUUGUUGGUUAGACCAAAUGUUGUGUGAUAAUUAUGGUGGACUGAUGCUGGAAUCACUCAUGGAGGUAGAAACUUCUUUAUGGAGAGAAGAUUUCUUCCAGGAAAUCUUUGUACAGCUUUAAGUUGUCUCAGAUUCUCUUGAAAACUUUUUAGAAAGCAAAACUUUUAUAUUUGUUCAAUUUCAGCUAUACCCAAGUAGAUUUACAUGUAUAUGAAGCAAAUAUUUUUUAAGCCUUCUGUUUGUACAUAUUCUGCAUGUUUUAUAAUUUCAAAAUGCAUCACUUGCAUACAUAUUUUUCCCACAAAGAUGAUGAACGUUAGAAGGAAAAACCCUUUUAUCCUGUAAGUCAUUGGAACUAAGUAAGCUGGCAGCUGGUUUUACUGAACGACAGUGUUCUUGGAAGGAGCAGCUUACAAGAGAAGUUGAAUUUACAAAGUCUGCAAAAUCUAUGCUUUUUGGAAAAUUUCAUUGUGGG